AUGGCUGAGCACGUUGAUGGAGCGACCCCCAAAGAACAGAUACUCGAAGCAUGUCGGAGAGACAAUGUCGAACUAUUCCACGAAGUGCUCAAUGACAUGAAAAAGGACAAAAGCGCGGAACAAAUAGCAGACUUCUUCAACUCUACCACAGACACUAUGGGAAAUCACCUGUUACACGUAUGCGCAAGUUAUGGAGCUUAUGACGUUAUGGACGAACUACUCGAUAUUGAAUUUCUCGAGUGCGACCCCUUGAACCGGAGGGAACAAGAGACUCCCAUACAUUGCGCAGUCAAGUACGCCAACGAGCGAGAGGUCGAACUUGGACAGGCAAUGGCAAAAAUGUUGAUCGAUGCCGGCGGCGAUCCCAGAGUCAAAGACAAACAUGGCAGAAAACCUGCUGAGAUCUGCACCCCCAGAACAGAAGGGCUUCGUGGCAUGCUCAUCCAGGAGGAAUAUGUUCUGAACGAAGGUCUCCGGAACACCGAUGCCCAUCCUGAUGAGGCGGACGACGCGGAUGCUGGCCCGCCUUCGGAUUCGGAAUGA